AUUCAAGCCAAAAUUGAGACAGCUCAGGCGACGGGUGUGUGUGUAACAUAGUCCCCACCCUCACACACACACACACACAAACACAACAAAAAAAAAAUCCUGUCCUGUUCAAGAAAAGAAAAAUGCCGGUUGGAUUACUGGCCCCUUUUGUAAAAUCCGCGACUGUACGCCCCAACAUGCGCCCGCCAAUAUCUUCGCUACAUUUGCCCCGAAUCGUGUAACAGAGCGCUGAAAAAUUCCGACAGUUACCUGGGCGUACUGUAACCUGCAGGAGUGAGCACAUUGAGAGACAAAGGACAAUGCUGCUGGCCGUGCUGUACCUUCUGUCUGGAUGGGUGCUUGCCGCUGGGGGAUGCCCGGAGCGCUGUGUGUGCCAGGAUAAAUAUUCGCAGCAGUUUGCUGACUGCGCCUACAAGGAAUUCGCGGCGGUGCCAGCGGGGCUGCCCCCGAACGUGACCACCCUGAGCCUGUCGGCCAACCGGAUCGGUUCGCUGCUGCGCUCCUCGUUCGCCGGCCUGGCUCAGGUCGCCUCCCUGUGGCUGGCUCACAACGGACUGAGCCGGGUAGAGGAAGGGGCCCUGGCGCCGCUUCGGCCCCUCAAGAACCUGGACCUGAGCCACAACCGGCUGAGCACCUUCCCUUGGGGGGACCUGGCCAACCUGAGCUCGCUGCAACUCCUCAAAAUGAACCACAACUUACUGAGCAACCUACCCCAGACCGCUUUCUCCGGUCUCCGGGACCUGCGCUCCCUCCGCAUUAACAACAACCAAUUCCACACCCUCCAAGAAGGGGUCUUUCAGCCCCUCAGCUCCCUAUCCCACCUGCAGAUCUACAGCAACCCGUUCUCCUGCGGGUGCCGCCUGCUGUGGUUGAAGAGCUGGAUCCUGGACGCUCUCAUCUCCAUCCCCGAGAGUCAGAGCAUCCAAUGCUGGGAUCCUCCCGAGCUCAAGGAUUCCCCGGUGGUGGACCUACCCGAGUUGCAAUGCAGCUCCCCCUCGGUCACUCUCAGCUCUCAGCCCGGCACCGGGCCCAGCUCGGUUUUCCCAGCCGGUACCAGCCUCGCCCUGCAUUGCACAGCCACCGGGAAACCUCCCCCCAGCCUGCGCUGGACGCUGCGGCCGUUCGGCCAGAGCCAGGAGCUGAGCCCCGGGGACGGGAAAGGGGAAGGGGGCGGGGAGGUGUCGGUGUUGAAGAACGGUACGCUCCUCCUGCCCAGGCUCCAUAAGAGCCAGGAGGGUCGUUAUAGCUGCGUGGCCACUAACUCGGCGGGCAGUAACCAAUCCUCCCUGGAAAUCAGGGUUAGCAGGCCUACCCCAAAACAAGUGCCCGGGCUUAGGGUCGAGCCGGGCAACAGCGUAUUAAAACCCGAGAGAGCCUCCCUCCCAGCUUCCUCCACCUCCACCCUGAGCCCCGGAGGGACCACCGCCCCCCCUACCCUCUCCGGCCAGAAUUGCUCCCCUCACCCAGGUACCCACUUCACCUCCAACCAUGCCUUCAACCGCAGCUCCUCCAUGAAAGAGCACAUCUUCGAUUUCGGCCUCAUCGCCUUGGAGGUGACCGAGACAGACGCCAGGGUCCAGCUCACCCCUUUCCAGAGCUCCCCGGGCCCCAGCAAGCUGCGUAUGCUCUACCUGUGCACGGAGGAGAAGGGCCGAGCGGCCGCCGUGGUGCAGUGGUCGAUGAUUGAGAGCGGGGUGAACUCGUACCGUUUCCAGGGUCUGAGGCCGGGUACCAACUACAGUAUGUGCCUGACCUCCCGUGGGCAAGAAUGCCAAGUGCAAGUCGUCUUCAGCACCAGGAGGAAGAUCCCGUCGCUGCUCAUCAUGGUGGUGGUGAGCUGCUUUCUGCUGGCGCUAGCUACUGUGCCGCUCCUGGGUGCCAGCUGCUGCCACCUCCUCUACAAAUACCAGGGGAAGACCUACAAGCUGAUCAUGAAGAGCCAGGGUCCCGGGGAGCUGCAGGGAGGGGACGCAACCGGCGCUAUCCAGGCCAGCGUCUCCUUCCCCGGCUCCGAGAAGCUGUACCCAGCCAGCGAAGAGGAUGCCAGCGAGGUGCCCGAAUCCCUAGCCGGCUCGCAGAGCAAAGCGAACACCCAGGAGGAGUUCGAAGCGGGCUCCGAGUACAGCGACCGCUUACCCCUGGGCGCCGAGGCUGUCACCAUCAGCCCGGAGAUCAAUGGUAACUACCGGCGCCCGGUGCGCUGAUUCCCGGGCCGGCAAGGCAGGAGGCAAAAAUCGCGGAGCAAAAAAAAAAGUCUGUGAACACAAACCCCACAAGCGUGAAGAACAGAAAACACCCAGGCGUUAGAAACCCACCCACCCUCCAUUCCAGGAGGUUUUGCAACACAUAACUCUUUCACACUUCUUUCUGCUACGGAUCUUUGACAGUCACACACAAAAACUGUAAUCCUGGUAUUUCUAAGAGAAAAUAAAAUUUCGGAAAUCCACAGGAAAGUUUCCCAACUGGGAGUGAAAUGCAACGAGAGCAGCUUUGGAGGACAGUCCUGGACAUAUUUGUUGUACUGUUCAAAAUCUCUUGGUGCUUCAUUAAUAGAACCACCGCAUUAUCCCUUCGUCGUCCUGUCAUCCCUGAGCAGCAUGCAUCCCAUUCCCAAAACUACCCACUUUCCUUUGAAUACCCCCUUUCUUCCCCCCUCCCCACCUGUGAGCGUGAUCUGUGUUACCUGUUGGUGCUUGCUAAUGCAGUGUUGUAAAGUGACAUCCUGCCAACUGAGCACUACAGCAUUUCUUUCCCCGUUGGCUGGAGGAACUAAAGUGUUACGUUAAAGAGAUUAGUCCAUUUUAUAUACCAGUGAUGUUUUGCACAGAGUGCAUUCAUGUUAAGAAAAAAAGGGGGCAGUCGUGUUGAGGGGGGAAAGGGGUGGUUUAGGGCCAGAGGGAUAUCUUGAAAUUGAGAGAUCUGUGGGGUCUGGUGUGUGUGCGCGUGUACGUGUGUGUGUGUGGUGUCAUCUUUAACAUUGAUCACCUCCCAAUCACCUCUUUUUGAUAGACCUCUAUCUCUGUGUUCAAUAAAUUUAAAACAAAAAGCAAAA